GCAUGCACAGCGAGUGAGAGAGUGAGAUAAAGCUCACUUGAACUAGGCGGAUAGUCACACCAGCCAGGGAGUCCAUCUUCCAUUCUUGCGUUUGACUAGGACCAAAGGGGUUGUCCAUACGGCCUCUCCGCGCCACGCCACGUCUUUUAGCAAGUAGCGACCACAAAUCUUUCAAGGUCUGCCCAGUUUCAACAGAAACUGACCGUGCGUGGCCGACCAUCUCCGUCAAUCUACACAGCCGACUUCCUCUCGAGUCGGUUGAUUUGCAUUCGUGCUGUUUGAGCACCAGAGCGAGUAGACCAACUUCACCAGGUCAGGGCUGCAUUGCCAUCCUACAGACGGACAGCAGAAAGCAGCUAUGCCUCGUGGAUAUCUAAAUAGGUCGUCGUCAAAGCUGACCAAGGCGGAUAUCAGUCAACCUGUCACACCCAGUGGCAAGACUCAGGAAAAAGAACGCGCCAGCAAAGGUUUGGGCCUGCUCCGUAAUUUCGACUGGUCCAAGCAAUGGGAGAGUGCAUAUCGCACCUUGCCUGGCACUCCAUGGAGACACAAGCGGAAGAAGGCAAGCAACCCGCGAAGAAGAUUGAGCUAUGAUCAACGACAAUCGCUGGCUAGCAUCCAUAGCUUGGGAAAAGGUUGCGAAAGCAAAGUGUUUGGUAUACCACUAGCUCAGUUGGUCCUAGAAGCCAAUGCUCAGGUGCCCUACUUGGUCAGCGACAUUGUUACCUUCCUAAGCAGCUAUGGUCUCAAGGAAGAAGGCUUGUUCCGUGUCAGUGGCAAUGUGCGUAUUAUUGAGAAGAUCAGGGCCGCCCUUGAAACACGUGGCUGCCCAAUUGAUUUCUCGCCCUACCAGGACGAUAUGGCUGCGGUGGCCAGCAUUCUGAAGAUGUUUCUGAGAGAACUACCGGAGGCUGUUAUACCCACAUCUGUACAUGCAAUGUUCAUUCGGGCACAAGCAGACAAUGAGCAGAAUGUCGAGCAAUGCGUCUGGGAGCUACGGGAGCUGGUCAAUGCCAUUCCGGACGCGGAGAGAGACCUCCUGGUGUACCUGUGCGGUUUUCUACGCACCGUCGCGGACCAUGUGGACACAACAAAGAUGACUGCAAAGGCUCUGGGUAUUGUGUUUGGACCCAAUCUGUUUCGGUGUUCGGGAGGCCUGGAAGGUCUGAAAGAGCAAACCUACACGAAUCACAUUGUGGAGAAGUUCAUCAUGUACCACGGAGACAUAUUCACGGAGUUGAACUUGUCCAGUGUACCCACAUCAUCAUGCGAUAGCUUGGACGAGCCACGACCGGCCAGUGCUGACUCUGUAUUGCUGGCAGAGCGGUCCUGCCUUGCUGAUAGCAGCAGCCGGCGACUGCAGCAGCAGCAACAGCAGCAGCAGCGCCUUAGUCGAACAUCUGACAUAUGGCACGGCGAGACUGCAGCGUCCCGUCGCCAGUCCGUCCACCGCCAGGCCUCGCAACACUCCACCAUGUCCAACUCCCGACCGCCGGCUAUGGAGUAUCAUGUCAAUCACCCAAACCUCUGUGGUGUUAACAGCAACUCCAGCUGCGCCAGUUACUACGACAAGCUGUCCCCUCUACCCUAUAACUACCAGCCAGGAAGUAGCGUAUCAAGUACUGCUGGGUCGAACAGGGAAGCGGCAAGCAUCGGCCCAAUAGACAUUGACGUGUCGCCAUGGAGAUCGGCAAGAACGGGUCCCCAGCGCUACUCCGCUGUGUUGCCUGGCCGUGUUCGCAAUGCCGUGGAUCGGUGGGAGACGGCUGUGCAAAGCACAACCACUGCUGGCGCCUUGGAUGACACCGAUGCAUCAAUAUCCGCUGAUGAUCUCUACGAUUCAACUCCAAGCCGCUCUGCUGGCUUCUCCAGGAAUUUGAGUCGACGCCCGCGUGUUGCCAUACCAUCCGUUUUCUUGGAGGAUACAAAGCGGCGGUUAGAUGACCACCACCAGCAGCAGCAGCAGCAGCAGCAGGAGUCGCAGCGGAGUUUUAAACAGGAGCGUGAAACCUCCUCGCCCGGCUAUUCGUCUACCGGGUCCAGUCUCCUUGACGACAUCAUUCGCCUUUUGGAGUCUGGGACACCCGUCAAAACCAGCGGGGAGACGACUGGAGCGUAUCGGCCAGGCCGCGAUAGAGACUCACCUCCUCGCUCUGCGUCCGAAACUCCCGACUCGGUGGGGUACAGAAACCUGGACAUGUUCACACGUAGCAGCAGGGAAGGCAGCCGCCGGCAGAAGGCACCGCCAGCGAACAAGCAAUACGCAGGUGCUUCGUCAGAUGACUCGUUCCACUAUCAGCUCUCCAACCCAGCCGAUGAGAUCACUCUGACAGCCGGUGCCCACGUGCAGCGAGCACGGAGCCUCAGAAGCGAUGCCCGAGCGGCACGGAAACAGUUCAGCCCGCUGGUCCACAAUGAGCAGAAGGUCGUUCCCCGACUGCCGCGCAGAUCCCCGCACUCGUUCUCAGUCGGCUCCCCGGCACGCUCAACUCCCAGCAGAAGCAGACGGUCAAGGAGUGGGUCCAGCUCCAGAAGUGACGACGCAGACAGGAGGACCGAUGAUCGGCCUAAGUCGGCGGAAAAGCGAGCAGGACUGCGCCGCGGCAGUGCACGAGCCGCAUCCUUCCGGUAUCCACCUGUUGUUGCCCGGAGGCUACCCCGCGUGUCAUCGAUCGAACGGAGGAAAGUGCAGUCAUUGCCACCACUGGAGCUCGCUGAUGACGGCGAUUCUGAAAGUUGCAGAGACUCGGAGGAAACUGGACGAUACCUUGGGCACAAGAGGAAACGACGACAGGACACGCAAGAUGAAGUUCGGCUAGAUGCUGAUCUGCUGCAGCUACUCCGUGAGCUUCAGUACAAUCGGCAAGUUGCGUCAUCCUCUGGCCGCCAUUCCAAUAGAGACUCCGGCGCCGCUAACGAGGAGCCAGGCGCGAAGGUGGCCUUCUCGUCCAGGAACUCCACACCGCGCUCUAGUGGAUCAAGGCAGCACUCUGCCUAUGGGCAACGAAGUGCAUCGGAUGCAUACAGCGAUUACCACCCAUCAAUGUCCAGUAAGAAGGGUCGCUGGAGCAGUGCUUCUGCCAAGGCUCAUGGCAAUCAGUAUGAUCCCCGGCGGCCAAGACCAAGCUGCACGCCGACGAAUACGCAAGAGGAGCAGAUUUGCAAGGUGGUGAACUACAUUACCUCUAAGUUGGCGAUGAAGCGGACCUUGGCAAACCGGCCCAGUGAAUUCAAAGAUAUGACCGGUGACCAGCUAUUGUCAGAGAAGAAGAACAUCCAGAAGUGCCUGCUGCAGUACGAAGCCCAGUUUGGCCGGCCGAGUUCUGAGGCCGAGCGGCAGUUGAUGCGCCCGCUGUACGAGCAGUAUCGCGUGGUCAAGAAGUACUUGCAGCUCGCCAACAGUGUGCAGCAGCAGCAGCACUACAGGGACAGCCCCCAUCGUGAGUCAGUCUCCACCACGGCAAGCAGCAGGCAAAGCUCCGACGUGUUCUCCAGCGUCGAUGCAACACCGCGGCACAGUAGACAGAGCCGCCCAUCGCAAACCUAUGUUGAAAAUUUCAUGGCAGGUGGAAUGGUUCAGCCGGCUCCACAAUCACCCUCCAACAUGACUGUCUCCAGCUUUGGGUCCAUUCACUCUCCAGCCAUGUCCACCCCGCCGCCAUCAGCAAUGCAUCAGAUGCAAUUCAUGCGAGGGAGUAGCGCAGGAGGCGGAAUGGUUCCUGCACCGGCAGGGCUCUCCAUGCCAGCUGCUAUGAACCUAAAUCAAGCACCCAUGUCCGCCCACCCAGCAACAGUUGUACAGAGUCCGCUAUGGUGGACAACAUCAUUACAACGAGCAACUAGAGCUGAGCUCCUUGACCUGCAACUACAGGUUCUCCUGGAGAAGGGACAGCUGAGAAAGCUGCUGAAAACAUUCGAGGAGGAAUUUCACCGCCACACUGGGAGGAAGAUCACCAAGCAUGAUAGAGGUCGCAUGACGGCUGAGUAUGACCGGUACAAAUACUGCAAGGCCCAGUUGAAGCUGCUUGACGCUCUCCUGUCCAAGCCCAUUCCAGACAAUCAGCAGGCACCGUUGUAAAGGCAGUCCUGCACCCAUGCAUGGGGAACACUGGUUGCUGGGCUGUGUGCGGUUACUCAACGUCCAGGAGCCUGCUGCAGCUGCCAGAUAACACUAAGAACAUCGCGGUCGCAACCCUGAUGCAACAGUACUCGGCCUCGUCACAGCAUCGGUGGACUCCAGACGAUAAGAGACUGAUUGCGCAGCGAAAUCAUACAGCCUCGAUGGUCAUCCACGCAUAGCACCUUCUGGCCAGUAUCAACAACAAAUCUUCCAUACUACAUACUACUAGGAAUUUAGGAUAUGACAGUACAUGCACCCUCCACUACCAUCUAUGCUUUGAAACAUAAAAUGAAUGGGUUGCUGGUCCAGACCAGGAUUAGGCCAGUUCAAUGUUCAAACUGAUAUCCUUACUUUCUUGGCAUUUCACCAGUCCUAGAGUCAAAACUUAGUACUUGGGAGCACUGGUGCUGGAUACUAGUACACUAAAUAUUGAGUGUUGA